ACUCCCGCUUUGUACUCGAUCCGGAGCCGGUUUUCAGUAUGAUGCCGGUUGUGUCGACGGUGGGGGUUAUUUGCACGAUCCUCGGAGGACUGCACGUACUGCGAUCGUACACGGCCGGGCACGGUGUGUAUUCAAAGCGCGCGCUUGUUCCUUGGCCACGGACCGACCAACGAGAUGCAAAACAAACGUAAGAACGAUGCUGCUGUGAGUGUCGCGUAGAAGCAUCGGAUGUGAAAUCUCUAAAAAAAAAAAAAAAAAAAAAAAAAGAAAUCAAGGAGCGUGGAGCUCAACAUGGUGCAUGAAAGGUGCCGCUCGACGUUAAAAGACGUUGCAAAAGUAGUGGCGCGAUUCGAACGACUCUGCCCCCGUCCUUUCUUCGUUGUCCCGCGUGCGUUUACAUCGGCGAAUUUCCGCGUCGUCGUCUCCUUUCUCUGAGUCUCGUCCGAGUAAGCUCGAGUCAGCUCUCGCCGAGUAUUAGUACAUACUCCUCGAAGGGUAUAAACUUGGGAGUCACUGCGGGAAGAAGAAACUUAAGAAAAAAAGGAACGAAAAAGGGAAAGAAGAGAAGCAAGGAGGAGAGAUAAAGGAGAAAAAAGAGAUGAUAGGAGAUGGGUGGUAGUCGUACGCGUCGAACGAUCAAGUAGUGGCCGUGUUGCGAGUAAGAUCGCGACGAUAAAGGUGUUCCCGUAGGACGUCUGGUGGGUUACGGUGACCGAGUCACUCUGUCAUCUGUUUCCAAGAAGAGAGAGGUUGACGGGUUCGUUGUGUGUGUGUCGGUGCACGAUCGUGGCGGCAUGGAGCGUCAAUGUUGGCGGCCCCUCACCAACAGCGGGACCUGAAUGUGUGCGUGUCUCCCCUGGCUGACCGGCCUGCCUUCCACCGUUAAGCUGCGUUCACAAAACAGGCGGAUUUUCGGGCAAGGACCGUGUCUCGGUCGUUCUUGUCAAAAACGUGAAUCGAAUCGGUUAAUGAGGACCAUCUGGCUUCGAUCGUCCAAUCGGCUUGCAGCGAGACUGGACGAGAAUAAUCGGAUGAAGCUGGGCCAAGCAUGCCCUCUAAGAAGCAAUACAAUCUCGUGCAUAAUGACGAGUACGACACGAGGAUACCGUUGCACAGCGAAGAGGCGUUUCAUCGUGGAAUUGUCUUUCACGCCAAGUUCAUCGGCUCUAUGGAGGUUCCUCGACCGACCAGCCGAGUGGAGAUCGUGGCGGCGAUGCGAAGAAUCCGCUACGAGUUCAAGGCCAAAGGGAUCAAAAAGAAGAAAGUGACGCUGGAGGUAUCGGUGGACGGGCUGAAAGUCACUCUUCGAAAGAAGAAGAAGAAACAGCAACAAUGGAUGGACGAGAAUAAGAUAUACCUAAUGCACCAUCCCAUAUAUAGGAUAUUCUACGUCUCCCAUGAUAGCCACGAUUUGAAAAUCUUUAGUUACAUUGCUCGCGAUGGAAGCAGCAACACAUUUAAGUGUAAUGUCUUCAAAUCUAGUAAAAAGAGUCAGGCGAUGAGGGUGGUCAGGACGGUCGGACAGGCUUUCGAGGUGUGCCAUAAAUUAAGUAUAAACAACGCCGCGGAAGAGCGGGACCGGGGAGAGAAAGAGAAAGAGAGGGAACACGGUGAGAAUCAUCGUGACGUUUACGAGGACCAAGAUGAAAUACCGAAUGAACAGUUGCAGCCGUCGCCGUCUUUUGUGCAUAAAGAUAUAUCGUUAUUAGGGGACGCAGAUGAUUCGGUGCCAGAACAGACGACUGUUCCUUGUCUUUUGAGGACGCACGAAGUCCCAGCGACCGCAGCGUCUACCUCGCCUAUUAGACAAUCGCCAUCGGGUACGGUGACCUCCGAUUGUGGUGGAGGGUUACUGGUUGGAGGAGAAUUAACCGCUCUGAAGCAUGAGAUUCAACUGUUGCGAGAACGAUUAGAGCAACAAAGCCAACAGACCAGAGCCGCUGUUGCCCAUGCGCGAUUGCUUCAGGAUCAGCUUGCAGCUGAAACGGCAGCUCGAGUCGAGGCUCAAGCUAGAACGCAUCAAUUGUUGAUGCAAAACAAAGAGCUUCUGGAGCAUAUAGGUGCAUUGGUCGGUCAUCUUCGAGAGCAAGAACGGAUCUCGAGUGGACAUGGAACCUCACAAUCUCAAUUGUCUGGCUCAACUACGAUGCAACAAACUACUACCGUUCCUGACCUGUCGAACAUCGGCCAGUGCCAACGAACAGGAGGGCAAAGUUCACCAUGGGAACUGGAUCCACCAUCUCCAUACUAUUAUGCAUCAGAUCCCUUAUAUUCUGGAGGUCUGAAUACAAUGGGAAUGCAAGGGAACAGUUGUCCAGUAGAUCAGUUACAAUUUCAAACGCAACUCCUAGAAAGGCUGCACAACAUAAGUCCAUAUCAGUCUCAAAGAUCACCGUAUAACACACCUUCUCCUUAUGCAAUGGGUCCCAAUCUUCUUGUACCUCCUAACAAUAGGCCAUCUAGUUCAGCUCAAUUGUCUCCAAGCUCCAUGUCAUUAAGAGUUUCUCAAACAAACAGUUUCUCUUCAUCACCUGUAAUGACGCACAAAAUAGAUAAUUACGUAGGAAAUCCAGAGAAUACAGAAUUGAAAACAACAUUCAUAAAACCUUUACCUUGUACAGGCGAAAGGAAUGCUAGUCACGUAAUUCAGGAAACAAAGAGUAAGCAGGAUCGAAUUAAUUUGCAUGAUGAAAUUCCACCUAUUGUGCUGGAUCCUGCACCUCAGGGUAAACGUUCAGAGACAAUUGCUAAACAAUUGUCGACCAAAGAAAAUUCUAAUGGCCAAGGAUCAAAUAAGAAGAGCUCACAGAACCAGAAAAAUCUAGCUACCAUCUUAAGAACCCCUGGUCCACCACCGUCUCGCACAACCAGUGCUCGUUUGCCUCCGAGAAAUGAUUUGAUGUCUGAAGUGCAAAGAACUACUUGGGCGAGACAUACAACCAAAUGAUGAAGAAUUUUCUUUGGAAUAGUUUCUGAAAAAUUUAGUGUCUACUAGACAUAUCAUUUCCUGGGUAAAACGUUUCUGAUGAAAAAUAAUGUUUCUUUCUAAUUUUGUAGUAUGAUUUGAAGUUCCAUAGACUGAUUGGAAGUUCCAUAAAUUGUCUGUAUUAUAACAUAAUUAAAUAUAAUUUGUUGUUAUAAUUAUUUUUAGUUUUAAAUAUAAGAGAAACAUUGUGCAUAGACGAAAGUUCUAUCCAGGUCAGUUUAUUAUCAUAAGUGAGAACUACGUGAAGCGUGUAAAUGCGUUUUGUUUCUUGUUAACGCAGUAGAUUGCUCAUAAAAGAUGGAAUUCUAAUUAUCAACAAUAGAAAGUAGUUCCAGAUGAUUGUUUAUAGACUUUCCUUGAGAGAUAAAAUCAAGGGAAAGAUUUAUAGUUGAAAGUGUAAAUUCAGUUUAUCUUUUCCAUUGGUGCCAAAAGAUCAGAGCUUUUAAUAAAAUAUAUUUUCAACAAGCGAAUAAAGAAAUUUGUGAUCAGCAUAUAACAUAUGAGUGUAUAUAAAGCGUCAUUCUUGUUACAUACUUAUUAAACUCCGAUAAUUUUACAAGUCAAAUAACUCUGUACUAUAAAAUAGAAAGAUGCAGGUUUAACCUGAUGUUAAACUUUUGUGAAUUUUAUUCGACACAACUCUUAGGAAAGAAAUUUUUUUUUUGUAUUAUAUGUAUGGAAAAAAUUGAUGAAUGUAAGAGGAAAAAGACAGAUCUAUAUAUUGAAUUAAAAGAAAAAUAUAUAAAUAUGUAGUUCUGACAUGUUGAAAAAUCGCAGUUAAAAUAAAUUAAGAUAUAAAAAAUGUUGGAACCAUUUAUAAAAAAAAAUGUUGAAAUCAUCGAGAAGUGCGUUUAACAAUUGCAAUGGCCAGUAAAUAAAAUGUUC